AUGGUGUUUCCUUGCCUGGAGAAGUUGGAUAUUGAGAAUUGUCCCAAAUUGAGAAAGGUUCCCAGUCAUUUUCCAUCUAUGAAGAAUUUGAUGAUAGAAGGUAAUGAGGAGCUUACAUGUGUGCCAGAAGGGAUGUUGUUGAAGAUAGAAGGUAUGGAGAUAAUGGAUUGUGAGAAGUUAACAUGUAUUGCCCCCAAUGUCUUUGGUUGUUGUGCAUCUAUCGGAAACUUGGUUGUAAACAAGUGCCCUAGUCUACAAUCUAUUUCAGAUUUGCACAACUUCACAUCCCUCCGUGAAUUGAGCAUUGGAAAUUGUAAGAGAUUAGAAAGUUUGGUGAAUAAUGGACUCGUCUCUGUUGUGGAGUUGCUGCGUAUAAGAGAUUGUAAUGGUCUACAAUCUUUUUCAGUUUUAAACCUCUUCACAUCCCUCCAUAAAUUGAGCAUUGAAAAUUGUGAGAGAUUAGAAAGUUUGUUGAAAAUAAGAGAUGCCCCUAAUUUAGAGAGUCUUCAAAGUUUAGACAACUUCACAUCUCUCUCUGAGUUGGUGAUUGUUAAUUGUGGGAAAUUAAAAUAUUUGCCUUCCCUGAUUUCCACCAGUUUGAAGACAUUGGAACUUGGUGCGUUAUGGGAGGAGCUCGAUUUCUUCCUUGAUUUACAUCUUAGAACUGGAACUGGUUCAUCACAACUUCAAACAUUAUGGUUCAAGGGGUGGCCCAAGCUCAAGUCUCUGCCUCAACAAAUUCAACACUUCACUUCUCUAACAUAUUUGGAGAUGCGCGAUUUCGAUGGAGUGGAGGCUUUUCCAGAGUGGUUGGGUACCCUUUCGUUGGAAGGCAAUGCUUCUCGGUAUUUGUGGAUUCUUUAUCACGACUUGUUUAGAGGGCCUGAGGGGAUGGGUACAGAGAGAGAGAUUGAUAUAUAGAGAGUGGGUUUAUUUGCAUCGUAACAACUUAAUUGAAACAGAACAAAGAAGAAGGAAAUGCAGGA